GAUUGGGGUAGCAUCUCACUCUCUCUUCACAAACAACAUCAAGCUACCAUGUCUGGACGUGCUGGAGGAAAAGCCAAGCCCUUGAAGGCACCCAAGAAGAAGGCCGUCGAUUUGGACGAGGAGGACCUCGCUUACAAGGCCAGACUGAAGGAGGAGCAAACCAAGCUGAAGGAGAUGCAACAGAAGGCUGCUGGCAAGGGCCCUCUUGUUGGCGGUGGCAUCAAGAAGAGCGGAAAGAAGUAAACUGACGUUUGACAUUACACGAAAGCGGCAGCAGAACAACAAUAAAUACGGCGUUCUUUAUUUUCGUCAACAGGGAAUGAAAGGGCGUUUCAGUUUUCAGGAUGUUUGUACCUCAUGGAAGCAAAUUAACGGCAUGCAAUGUGUUUGCGCGAACAGUUCUGUGGACUUGAGUUGUCAUCGGAUGAUUUCAAUUCUCCAUUAUUGUUUGGAACGAUUGUGUCCAGAGCUUGUAUACGAGCAGAAGAGUCGAUUGAUUCGAUAUACAUGGCAGUCUAAUACGAUCGAUCUCAUGCCAGAGCUAGAAU